CGACUUUUUGAAAACCCAAUCGACUUACUCAGCGCCGUGUUCAACGUCUAUUAAUAAUAUUAUUUAGAGAUAUUGACUCAUUGUCGUGUAUAAUCUAUGAAGUAUAAGGUGUUUUUGUCUUGGCUAAAUGGAUCUAUUUAUGUAAUAAAUGCGUCAUACGCCGGUUCGGUAGGAUUGGUCACAAUUCUUAUCAUAAUCCUUCCGGGAGUAGUUGUACUAUAAUAAUAGCACAGAACAAUAAUAAUAAUAGGUUCCCGUAAUACACUAUGGUCGAGAAAUAAUUUUCUGAUUACCGCACGAAGCGACACUGCUUUGUAAACUUUCGCGCCAUUUGCUGUUAUCAGUUUUCAUUUUGUAUUCAGUGAAAUUCAAUCGACUUCCAUUAUACUUUUUGGUUUUUAGAAAAACCGCUAAUAAAAUUACGAUUGACAACUCUGCAGCUGCAUUGACAUCAUGAUGGUUUAUCAAGUACUGAGUAAAUACUGUCUAGCGAACGGCCGUAAUUUUGAAUUUGUUUUCUUUGUAAUCGAACAAUAGCUUAUUCGUUUAUGAACAUGAGCGAUCUUUCGACGAUACGGUUGUAUUUUUCGUUUUAAUAAUUCUUAUUUCUUUUAAUUCUUUUAAUUUCUCUUAUUCGUUUUUGGAAACAAUCAUAAAUAAAUUCAUGAUUAUUGAUCUACGAAAAUAUCAUUACUUUUACAAAUUGUGGCAUUGUACCUACUUGACUUUUUGUUUGGACGUGAUUUUCGUUUAAAUUUUUGUUUUAUACAUUGAUAGAAUUUUUGUAUUGCAUAUCUGCAUUCGACUGGUUUAUUACUUUAUUUUAAGAAGUACGUUAAGCGUAAACUUUAAUUGUCUAUAUUUUUUCUUCUAAUUAUUCGUCACAAUGAAAAACUCGGCUUCAACUUCCCGAAGUGGUGAUGAUUCAGAAGUUUCAAUCAAAAAACGUAAAGUUGAUCACAUGGUUGAAGGUUCGAUUGUCAAAGUAGUACUAAAGAAUUUCAUGACUUUUUCUGAAGUUGUUUAUACUCCAAAUUCAAAACUGAAUCUAAUACUUGGACCCAAUGGAUCUGGAAAGUCAUCAAUUGUUACAGCUCUCAUAUUAGGAUUUGGUGGUAAUCCAAAGGACAUUAAUAGAGGAGACAAAGUCAGUCAAUUUGUAAAACUAGGUAAAUCUGUAGCAGAUAUUUCUAUAGAACUUUAUAAGAGAUCAAAUCAAAAUAUGAAUUUGAGAAGGACAAUAUUUGCCAGCAAUGAUACUUGUCACUAUUAUGUCAACAGUAUCUUAGUCUCAAAAAAAAAAUAUAAUGAUGUCGUAGAAAGCUUUAACAUUAAAGUGCAUAACUUAUGUCAGUUUUUACCACAAGACAGAUUAGAAGAUUUUUCAAAAUUAGAUUCCAAAGGUUUAUUAGUAAAUGCAUUACAAAGUAUUGAAAAUAAAGACUUAUUGGACAAUUUUGAAAAAUUAAAAACUCUUGCUGAUAGUAUAACUUCACAUGAUGGCGAUAAAAAGAGAUUACAAGAUAAUAUUAGAUUAGAGGUUGCGGUAAAUCUAAAACUAGAAACAAUUGUCAGUACAUUCACAGAAAAAAAGUCAUUAGAAGAACAAUUAUUGGUUGUGUUACAGAAGAGAUGUUGGUCCUUAUAUAUAUUGGCCUGGAAACAAAUUUCUAGUGAAAAAAAACAAUUUGAAGAAUCAAAAAAACAUAAUAAUGCUGCCUUGAGUCUUAUCAAUCAACACAGAGAAAAAAUUAAAAAAAAAAAAUUAGGGGAAAAUAAUUUGAAAAAUGUGGUUCUUCAGAAUGCAAAUAUAGUAAGUAAGAUAAUGGAUAAACUUAAUAAUCAAGUUGGAGCUGCUGAAUGUCAUGUAUCUGAUAUAAAUACAUUAAAAAAAACUGUUAAAAAAAGUUCAAUAAAAAUUGAAGAUCUUUUAGAGUCCAUAUCAUCUAUGGAAGAGAAGUUGCAGAGUAUAAAAAAUGAAACAUUAAAUGUUGAAGAGUGUAAAUUGGAACUUGCCAAAAUUAAUGAUAAUAUCAAAACCAUUGAUUCAAAUAUUUGCCCUGUAAGGAGUAACUUAGAGAGUGUUAAAAAUAAAUUAAGAGGUCUAACUGAAAAAAUGUAUGCUAUUGAUCAAGAACUUGAACGUGAAAAAAGAAAAGAGGAUGGCAAAAAUCAAUUACUACAGAGAAAGUUUCCUGAAAUGUGGAAAGCUAUAAAAUGGCUAAGAAACUGUGACAAGACAACAAUUUUUAAUGGACAAGUAUUUGAACCAUUAUUCACUCAGAUUGAAGUAUAUGACCAAAAAAAUGCCAAGUACAUAGAAAACAUAAUUAAUUAUCGUGAUAUGAUUGCAUUUGUUUUUGAGUAUGCUGAAGAUUUGACUACAUUUAAUAAAAUAGUUAAACAAGAACGUUGGCAAAAAAUAAAUUCAAUCUCAGCUCCUCCUGCCAAUAUUAAAAUUAAUGAGACACCAAAUUAUGAUAUAAAUAAUUUAAGACAAUUUGGUUUCCAUACAUAUGCACUAGAUAUGAUACAAGCUCCAACUGUUAUAAGGAGAUAUCUAGCUAGAAAUUAUGAUAUGCAAAAUAUACCUAUUGGUUCAAAGGAAGUUAUUAAUAAUCUACAGAGUUUACCCAGUAAUAUUGGGUUCUUUUUUGCAGGUAAUGAUCAAGUCCAUAUAAAAACUUCAAACUAUACAGGAGAAAAAAUCACACGACAAUCACAAAUAUCAAAUGAGGCACAAUUUUUGCUGUUUUCUGUUGACUCAAAUUUGAUUAAAUCACUGAAUAUUAGGAAAGAAGAAGCUAGAGUAAAUUGUGAACAUUUUGAACAACAACAAAUUGAAUUUAAUAAUCAGCUCAGAAUUGCUGAAGACAGUCGUCAACCUUUUAUUGCUAGAAAAAAAGAAAUACAAGGAAGUUUUUUGAAAUUUCAAAAUAGACAAAAAGCUCUUGAUAAAAUGAUAAAAGAUAUAGAGUUCAAAAAAAGUGAACUUAAAACUGAAAAAGAAAGAUUGAUCAAAUUAUCGGAUCAAAAUUCGCAAUUAAUCAGUAAAUAUUUUGAUUCAAUGAAUGGAGUUAUUGAUAUGCUGGACAGUUAUUCAACAAGUUUAAAAUACCUGAUUGCUUCAACCUUUGUUGUUAGCUAUUGUUACAUUGAUAUGGAAGAAGAAAACAAAGUUUUGAAGCAAUUAAAACAACUCUAUGCAACUAGCUUGAACAAUUUCAAUGAAUACCUGAAAUACAUACAAAGUCUGGACUCAAAAUUCAAGAAAAUUCAUGAUGUAGCUGUACAUUGGUCUAAAGGAUUGUCUCCUUACGAUAAAACUUUAUUUCAACCCAUGAAGGACAAAUUUGAUGCGAUAGAAGAAAGUGAUAUUGAAGACUUAGAUGUAUUAAUUGUUGAGAAAAAAGCCAAACUUAACUGUCUGAACAUUGAUCCAAAUGCCCCUCAAUUAAUAAAAGAAUACAAGGAACGCAAAAUAAAAAUAAAAAAUUUAGAAAAGAAAUUGGAAACCUUAAACCUGAGUGCUGAAACUAAAGCAUAUGAAAUUGACAAAUUAUACACUGAAUGGUUUCCAAAAAUACAAGAACUUACAUAUUUGUUGAGUGUUAAUUUUCAGAAGUUCCUCACAUCGUUUGGUUGUAAGGGCAUAAUUGAAUUGGACAUUGGCGUAACGAGGUAUGAUUUUCAAGCAUAUGGGCUAUUGAUAAAGGUGCAGUUUCGAAAUGAUCUUCCUUCGUUGAGGCUAUUAGAUGCCAAAAGUCAAAGUGGUGGUGAACGUGCAUUGACAACAGCGUUAUUUUUGUUGAGCCUCCAAGAAGUCACACAUUUUCCAUUUAGAAUUGUUGAUGAAAUUAAUCAAGGCAUGGAUAAAGUCUAUGAAAGGAAAUUGAUGGAACUGUUUAUGGAGUUAUUUGAAGAUAGGAAAAAUCAGUAUUUUGUAGUAACACCAAAGUUGAUCAAGAACCUUUCAUUUAAAAACACCACAGUGGAUAUUAUAUUUUGUAUCGAUAAAUAAAGAAUCGAAUAUGACCAUUGAUAAUUUCUUUUACCCUAUUACUUAUAAGAAUGACUCAAUAUUUCAAAUAUUGCGAGUUCUUGUACUAUUAGGUAUUAAGAUUGUUCAAUUUUUUUUUUUUUAUUUAAUUAUUUAUAUUUUAUGUUAUUUACAGUGUUAUGAGUUAUUGUUAAUACUUAAUAGUAAUAAGUUAUAUUAUAUUAUUAUAAGGUUCAUGUUUCAUAUUAAUUAUAUUCAUAAAAUGUUUAGACUCUUAAAUGUAUAACUGUUUAAACCCAUAUCAUUUUUCCUAGAUUAAUAUUAAAUAUAAGACACUAAAAAAUGUUGU